GAGCGCGCGGGUGCGCGCGGGGAGAGCGGGCGCGCGCGAGGCAGCCGGGCCGCGCCGCCUAGUCCUCGCCCCGCGGCCGCCGGCCGCCCCGGCCCCUCCCCUCCCCCGCGAGCUGCGCACCGCCGGCCGGCUGACCCCUCGGCCCGCGCCCGCGCCCUUGUCCGGCGACCCCGCGGCGGGCUCCAGGCGGCCGACAGCAUGAGCGGCGGCGGCGACGUAGUGUGCACCGGCUGGCUGAGGAAAUCGCCCCCCGAGAAGAAGUUGAGGCGCUAUGCCUGGAAGAAACGCUGGUUUAUCCUGCGGAGUGGGCGGAUGAGCGGUGACCCAGAUGUUCUGGAAUACUACAAGAAUGAUCACUCCAAGAAGCCCCUGCGCAUCAUCAACCUGAACUUCUGCGAGCAGGUGGAUGCAGGCCUGACCUUCAACAAGAAGGAGCUGCAGGAUAGUUUUGUGUUUGACAUCAAGACCAGCGAGCGCACCUUUUACCUGGUGGCCGAGACGGAGGAGGACAUGAAUAAGUGGGUCCAGAGCAUCUGCCAGAUCUGUGGCUUCAAUCAGGCUGAGGAGAGCACAGACUCCCUGAGGAACAUUUCCUCAGCCAGUCACGGCCCCCGCUCUUCUCCAGCUGAGCUCAGCAGCUCCAAUCAGCACCUUCUCCGAGAACGAAAAUCCUCAGCCCCGUCGCACUCCAGCCAGCCAACCUUGUUCACCUUUGAACCCCCGGUGUCGAACCACGUGCAGCCUGCCUUGUCCACCAGUGCACCUCAGGAGUAUCUCUACUUGCACCAGUGCAUAAGCCGGAGAGCAGAAAACGCAAGGAGCGCUAGCUUCUCUCAGGGCACCAGGGCCUCGUUUCUCAUGAGGAGCGACACGGCCGUGCAAAAACUUGCCCAGGGCAACGGACACUGUGUCAACGGGGUCAGUGGUCAAGUCCAUGGCUUCUAUAGCCUCCCCAAGCCAAGCAGGCACAAUACAGAAUUCAGAGACAGUACCUACGACCUCCCCCGGAGCCUGGCCUCCCAUGGCCACACCAAGGGCAGCCUCACAGGCUCUGAGACGGAUAACGAGGACGUGUACACCUUCAAGAUGCCCAGCAACACCCUGUGCCGUGAGUUUGGGGACCUCCUGGUGGAUAAUAUGGAUGUUCCGGCCACCCCGCUCUCAGCCUACCAGAUCCCUAGGACGUUCACACUGGACAAGAACCACAACACCAUGGCAGUCGCCGCUCCUGGGGACUCGGCCGUAGCCCCCCCGCCCCGGCCCCCCAAGCCAAGUCAGGCAGAAACACCUCGAUGGGGCAGCCCUCAGCAGAGGCCUCCAGUCGGUGACAGCAGCAGAUCGGCCUCUGCCGCUGCAACCAUCCCCAGGCGCAAUACCCUCCCAGCCAUGGACAACAGCCGACUUCACCGAGCUUCUUCCUGCGAGUCCUACGACUACCCCCAGCGUGGUGGAGACAGUGCGGGCCGGUCCACCGAGUCCACGAGUGAUGCCGUCAGCGCUUUUCUGCCAGGGAAAACAGUUGUGGGCCGAUCGGAUAGCACCAAUUCCGAAGACAACUACGUGCCCAUGAAUCCAGGCUCCUCCACCCUGCUGGCUUUGGAGCGAGCAGGUGAUAAUUCCCAGAGUGUCUACAUCCCCAUGAGCCCAGGGCCCCAUCACUUCGACCCGCUUGGCUACCCCACCUCCGCCCUUCCUAUGCACCGAGGCUCCAGCCGAGGGAGUGAGAUCCAGCCGCCCCCUGUCAACCGCAACCUCAAACCUGACCGGAAAGCAAAGCCAACACCGCUUGACCUGAGAAACAAUACCGUCAUCGAUGAGCUCCCCUUCAAGUCACCCAUCACCAAGUCUUGGUCCAGGGCCAUCCACUCCUUCAACCCGGGGUCCUCCCAGUACUGCCGCCCCAUCUCCACACAGAGCAUCACCAGCACGGACUCGGGGGACAGUGAAGAGAACUACGUCCCUAUGCAAAACCCAGUGUCUGCAUCUCCCAUCCCCAGUGGCACCAACAGUCCGGCCCCUAAGAAGAGCACUGGCAGCGUGGAUUAUCUGGCCCUGGACUUCCAGCCGAGCUCCCCAAGCCCCCACCGCAAGCCAUCCACGUCAUCUGUCACUUCCGACGAGAAGGUAGACUACGUUCAGGUGGACAAGGAGAAGACCCAGGCCCUGCAGAACACCAUGCAGGAGUGGACAGACGUGCGGCAGUCCUCGGAGCCUUCCAAGGGGGCCAAGCUGUGACGCGCGGGCCGCCGCCCCAGGGAGGGGCCAGGAGGCGGCGUCUCCAGAGCCGACGCCUCCCCGUCUGUCUCCCCCUUCUCCUCUCCAGCGCGCCCUCCUGCCCACCCCCUCUCUACUCUGCCACUCUGGCCUUCAAAGCACUUGACAUCAGGGACCCUGACCCCUUCCCCUGGGAGGUGAGGGCCUGAUGGAGGCGCUUCCUCGGCUCACUCGGGGCCCACCUUGAUUUUUAUCAGCAAUGGCCAUGCCUCUACCCACCUUAGUUAGAGCUAUUGCCAAAAAGCAUCCUUCGGCCUCCUACCGCCCUUUAGACCCGAAUACCUACCAGACGUGUGGAGGGAGGGGCUGGGGCUCUGAGCCAGAUUCCACACCCCACCUUUGGGCACAGCUCUCAGCCCCUGUCCCUCCCGCUACUGGGCUACCUCGCCCCCAGUCCCGGAAGAAGCCAAGUCGUCUCGCUGACCCAGGGAGCCAAGGACCAGCGGACCAGAGUGGAUACAGACUUCUUCAGCCCUGUCUGUCUUGGCAGGGGGGAGGCAAGGCCACCAAAAGAUGAAGGAGUCGAGGAGGAAGGUCAGAGGUGGUCUUGAGGGACAAAGGAGUUAGACCCCCAGAUGCAGAAGGGCAGCGGGUACCUGCGGUGGUCCCCCAUUUUCAGGCCAAGUGGCAGUGCAGCUGUUGCCGGGUGGGAGAGGCAGAAGGAUGAGGACAGCAGGAGGGGAAGACUGAGGAGGAGGGGCAACCCAGAACAAGGAGCAGGAGACGGGGUGACGAAGACACUGCGGGGCCGGGCCCCCGGGACAGUGGAGCCACAAGCCCGGCGCUGCCGCUCUGGGGCAGAGCGUAGUCCUCUUCCCCGAGACCCCACCCAGCCAAGAGCACCGCGCCCACGAGGCUUGCACUGUGCUGGGCGGUGCAGCACGUGGGGUGGGAGCACCGACGUGGUGGGCGGGGCCGAGGGGGGAGCCGGCGGAGCUUUGGGAAGGUGCGUGGUGGGGGGGACGACUGAGGGGCCACCCCGGGACGGCCUGGGCGGAGACACAGGGCGGGAGCGGAGACGCUGCAGCAAGUGAGCUUCUGCAAGAUGGGCAGUGCGGCAGGGGAGGCGCUGGUAACCGAUGGGCUGAGAGGCAGGGGCGAAGGCUGGGGGCGGGGGAGGCGCAGGUAGUGGUUGAGUACAUCCGGAGGGCCUGGUGGCGAGCCCCGGGCGGUGGCGUGGAGAUGCAGGGCGGAGCAGAACGUGAGGAGCGGUGUGGUGGUCAGGGGAGCGGUGUGCAUGGCCGCAGGCAAGGGCAGCUCCCAGGACUGAUGGGUGGCGGGCAGAGCAGGGCAAAGGAGCAAGCAGGGCGGAAGAGAGCCUAGUGGACGACGCGGGGGAGUGGCCGGCAGCUUGUGCCCUUUGGCUGAGUUUUGUGUCAGGUCCCAAGGAAGGUACAGGUGUGGCCUGGUGACAGGCCAGUGUGUGUUCUCAGCUCAUGUCACCCUCUGUUGCCCUGUCGAAUCCCAGGUGCCUAGCUACAGGGACAGGAGAGGGCAGGCCUCUCCUCCCAUGGCUUAAAAGGCCACCAGAUCAGCAUCACCCUCUGCCCACCUUUGCCAGGGACAGGAGGAAGGGCAUCACGCCAGGCUCUUUUCUCCUAAGUCUGGGGAGUGGGGCUCUUUUAUGUUAAAGUUCUUGGCCAAAUUUUUAAGAGUUUCAGAGGCAACGUGGGCAGACCAAAUGUUUCAUCCUACCCUGGGGUGAACAGACCUUCUUCCUCAAAAAAAAAAAAAAAAAAAAGAUUCCCCCCCCCCCCCAUUUAAGGGAGGUGGCUACCGCUCACCUUUCUGCUCCUGUGAGCCUGUGUAAAGACGCACACCCCAGGCCUGCGGCCUGACCUUAUUACAUCCCGGGAGAAAUUUUCUCAACAGUAAACCCCUUUCCUCCUAGUAUUAGUCAUAUCAAUUCAAUAAGCAUUCAUUAACGGCUGCUAUGGCCAGGUCUGGGCUAGGCACUGAGAACACAGGAAUUAAUCAGACUUUGUAUUUGAGAAGGUCACAGUCGAUGAGAAAAAAGACAAAGGACACGUUGGUAAUGGCCAUGAGAGACACUUAAAAUGCUGAUAAUGUGCAGAGAAAUCGAGGCUCCUUCUCUAGGAGGUUGGUGCUGGGGGCAGGAGUGGGGAGGGGGUGGAGAUCAGGGAAGGUGGUUUCUAGGAAAAGGGGGUGCCUGACAGGAGCCUUAGAGGAAGAAGGGUCAGAUUUUUAGAGGGAAGGAGGGCAAGGCUGGGAUCCGGUGGAGGAAGAUGGACAGAGAGACUUAGAGUACCUUGUGCUUUGGGAACAGAAGACCUUUGGGAGUAUGGGCCCAGCCUCUCAGAAGCAGUGAGGCCAUGCCUCGGUGUUCCCACAGGUGAAAUGGUAAUGGUGGUGGCAGUGGCCUGCCCUGGGCAGGGUUUGGUGGUUCACUCUGCCCAGCCCUGUGUCCCUUUAAGGCCCUCUGCAAAGGGUCUCAUGUGGCAGAGCUUUGAAUGGCGCCACCCCUGUGCCCCCACAGGCUACAGGUGGGCCCAGGUAUUGGUACCCUCAGUUCCCAGCAUCCUCCCCUAUAGAUCGCCGGGUGCCCUAACAAUGUCAGCAUUUUCUGAAUGUGCCAUGUUGUGAAUGAAACUGGGUGGAGUCUUGAGAGACUGAGGUGUUCAAAUCUAACCACCAAGGAGGCCUCCCUCCAGUUCUUGGUUCCUAUAACCCCCAAACCCUUCAGGUGGAGGCGAGAGUAGAGACGGGAGGAAGUACAAGAGAAGAGGAAAUUGGCCUGUUGAAAGCAGAGACUGGCUCAAAAGCCCCAAGUACCAGGUAUCUAAUAUUCCCGUCUGGUCAGUGUAAAAAACUGGUCCUUUGGCCUUCAGUGGGUCACAAUCCACCUCUCCUGGUGGCCUGGCAAGGACUGAGACCCCAGGAUGCCUUGUCAGCCCGCAUAGCCCACACAGGCCUCGUCCUGCCUGGGGCUCCUCAGAGAAGAAGCUGUUUUGCCCCCUUCCAGCUCCACCUCUGCAAGGAGUGGUAUGGAGCUGUCUCCCCUUCCCACCUUGGUGAAGAAGGGCCCUGAGGCCUCUUCUGUGGCUACUCCCUGCUCUGUAACGUCUCUCUCUCUCUCGAGGGUCUGGAUCACCAGGGAUAGGCGGCACCCAGAGCAUUGGCCAGUUAACCCAGUCCCCUCCCUAGACUGAUUUCAGUAACGUCUACAUUCGAAACCGUUCAAAUAUGUCCCAUUCCUAGGACAGAAGCACAGCUGUUCUCAAGGGAUUUACCUGCCGCAGGGCUAAGGCCUCAGCCCCAAGCUACGGCUGACCCACACCCCUGUGACAGGGCUCUGGAAACAGAGUGCCGGGCAGGAGGGAAACUGGCACGAACUUCCCCCUCUCUGGCCCUUCUGCAAAACGUGGGGGCAGGAGGCUGAGCGCAUGAGCUCUAAAGCCCCCUCCUUCCAGAACGCACCAGGCUCUUUGGGGCCAGGUGGGCUGCCUGAUGAGGGGGUCCCCCUGGAGAUUCAGGCUGUCAUGUGAUAUUUGGUGGUGUGUGUUCUUAUGUGUUCGUUGGUUACAUGUGUCUUGAAAUUUAGAAUCAUUUCCCACAGAAUCGUUGCUUUGUCAGGAAGAGAAAAUGGGCUAGAAGAAGCCCAGUCUUAGGUUUCUGGCCCUCUUACCAUUUAAAAUUGACAUUUAAUUUUUCAAAUCACUGUUGGUGCCUAAUCACUUAAGUUAUUAAUUUAUUCUGUUUUCUUUUUAAAAAAAAUUUGUAACACGUAUUUAUCCUGUGAGUAGGUCUGGGGAGGGGUGGGAACGUGUUCACAUGGGUCCUGUUUUUGCUGUGGUGACACAUGGUACAGGCCUGGAGCUUGCAGGUCCCUUUUUCCUAUGGU